CCUCUCUAACGAAUUUCUAUUAGUGUCGUAACUCGUUGCGGUAUUACUAUUGGCUCUCUUUGAUGGCCACUCAAAUAGCGGCUUUGCUGGGCGGGGCAGGCAUUUGUCGUGCCCCGAGUCUCUCCGUCCAUCAGCUCUUCUGUCUUCCUCACACUUUUAUCGGGAGCUCUAGAGCGAGUCACGCCGAGGUCGGCAACGCCAAAGGGAGAAGCAGCGGGCCUGGAGGGGCGCCGUCUUGACCCAGAGUGAGACAGAGGAACAGGCGUGCGCUCUGAAGGAACUUUUUUUUUUUCCUGAGAAAAGGGUUGAAAAUUAAGAAUACACCGAAAUAUGUUGGAUGCAGAUACAGGGAUCGUAGAAGAAUGGUUAUCAGAAUUCAAGACAGUACCAGAAACAUCUAUAGCAAGUUAUGCUAAAAAUUUGAAAGACAAGAUUUCCUUGGUUUCAUCUCUAUAUAAAGUUAUUCAAGAUCUACAAAAUGAGUUGCUGGAACCAGUCUGUCACCAGUUAUUUGAAUUUUAUCGCAGUGGUGAGGAACUACUUCUGCAGUUCACACUUCAGUUUCUUCCAGAAUUGAUAUGGUGCUAUCUUGCUGUUUCUGCUAGUAAAGACCUACAAAGCAGUGGCUGUAUAGAAGCACUUUUACUAGGAGUUUACAAUUUGGAAAUAGUUGACAAACAGGGGAACAGUAAGAUCCUAAGCUUUACAAUUCCAUCUUUAUCAAAACCUUCAGUAUAUCAUGAACCUUCCAGUAUUGGUUCAAUGGCUCUUACUGAGGGUGCUUUAUCUCAACACGGCUUAUCCAGGGUUGUAUAUAGUGGACCUCAUAUGCAAAGAGAAAUGUUGACAGCACAAAACAGAUUUGAAGUAUUGACAUUCCUUUUGCUACGAUACAAUGCUGCCUUAAGCUAUAUGCCUGCGGUUUCUCUUCAGUCUUUAUGUCAAAUUUGUUCAAGAAUCUGUGUUUGUGGAUACCCUCGCCAACAAGUAAGAAAAUACAGGGGCAUAAACAGCAGAAUUCCAGUCUCCUCUGAAUUCAUGGUGCAAAUGUUAACAGGAAUUUAUUAUGCUUUUUAUAAUGGAGAAUGGGAUCUGGCUCGUAAAGCAAUGGAUGAUGUUUUAUACAGAGCACAAUUGGAGUUAUAUCCAGAACCACUAUUGGUAGCUAAUGCAAUAAAAGCUUCAUUGCCUCAAGGUGCCAUAAAAUCUAACAAAGAAGGUACUAAAUGUAUUCAGGUUGAAAUUACUCCUACAGCAUCGAGGAUAUCAAGAAAUGCUGUGACCAGCAUGUCUAUUCGGGGCCAUAGAUGGAAAAGGCAUGGAGUCAUGCUUGAUGAUACAGGUGCUGAAGUUCAAGAGGCAAUGGUUAGGACAAGUGUUUGCUGCAGCAGAUAACAAACAAUAAGGCAAGAAGCUUGAUAGUAUUAGUAAAGCAACUGACUGCAAUAAAGAUGAACAGUUAUUCUAUUAAGACGAAGGAUAAUUUGCAAGGUAUGCAAGCAUUGCUGCAGACCCUUAAGUAUCCAAAUAUAUUGGAUGCUCUUCCCUUCAGAAAAAGAAUUUCAUAAUGUAACAAAAUGAAGAGGAAAUAAAGUACCAUUUUGGCUCAGUGUGGAGAAUUUGGGGGCUAUUUUGUAGAUCAAUUUCCUAUAAAAUUACCUUGAUUUAUUACAAAUACAUUUAAGAGCUUCUACAUACUUCUAAUUACUUCUGCUGGAAAGGAGCCUGCAUCCAACAGUUAGAACUUGGCUUGUUAGGAGAACAAGUCUAGAAUGUUAGUUUAAACAAAUAUUGACUUGUUCAAUGUUCUGCUGGCAGAACAAUAGUGGGAACAAUAGAAAAAUGUGUGCCAAGAUAUUUGUUUGAUUAUUGUAUGACAAAAUUUUGAAUACCGUUAAUUAUGUGUAAUAUGUGAACCACAAUAUGAAUGGAAAUGUGGAGACAUUUUUUAAAAAUGUUGAUUGAUAAUUCAGAAAAAAAAAAUUGCUUCAAGAUAAACUAUAAUUCAAAAAAUUAGUACUUUCACUUUUAGAUUUGCUUUCUAUAUUUAGUAUAAUCAUUUAUUAGUUUGAAAAGGUGUGGCAUCUUCUUGGUUUUUCAAUAUUGCUAUCUCAAUUUUUGAAGUUGAUUAGAACUUGGGUGCUUUGGAUUACAUAUCCAUUAAGAUCUGGACUAAAAAGACCUGAUCACCUAUUGCAGCUUAAUAUGCUAUGCAGUUGUGAGAUGGAAUUAUUCAUUGAAAUGUAUCCUUGAGGUCCAGACAAAAUACCAAGAAGCAUCUUUAAGAAAAUCAUGUGGCGAAAUUACGUUUUGAGAACAUGAUAGGUUUUUUUUGCUGUUUUCAGAAACAUAUUUUAUGCUCUGUCUUAUUCAAAAGUACUGAUUUCUACUGAUGAUUCUUCAGUCAAUAGAUACAUAUCUAUUUCAGAAUUAGAAAGAAUACUUGAUUUGGUGUUUAUUUUUCCUUCUGGAUUAUAAUAGAAUAAUAGAAUCUUUUUCUAUUUAUAGUACAGCGCCUGAACUUUCACUUUAUAUUAUAAGAUAAAUUAAUGCACAUGUUGGUAAGGACAAAAUUGAACAGAACUCUUCAAUUAUCUAAAAUUGAUGCUUUGCCCUUAAAUUGUGGUACUGUAACACAAAGUAAAGUUUGCAAGAUGUGAAAAUCAGACAAACUGUACUUAGAUCUUAAAAGUAUAGAUUAAUGAGAAUUUUGUGGUAAACAAUGGUAAUACGGAUUGGAAUCAUUAAUCCCUCUUAAAAAUGGUAGGUAAUUUAUUCUGUAUUAAUGUUAAAGCAAAGAAACCAAAGAAAAUUAAAAGAAAAAUUGGAAUUUCUUUCUUAUUAUUUAAUUCCAGUGGAAUCAGAGAAUGAGUGAAUGAAUGUGUGUAUAUAUGCAUCAUAGGGAGAAAAACAAGUUAAGUAUAAGUAUUAUCUGUAAAUUAGAUGCUAUAAUUAAAAAAAACCAGGUAGAUAAUAUUUUCCUUCUGCUAUUUGGCAUUCAUAUGGGUUUUUUAAAAUUUUAUUUCCAUAUGCAGCUUCAGCUAUCCUGUAAACUAUGGCUUAUGCAGAAUGCAUGGAUUAGUAUAUGAACUGUAUGUGACCUCACCAUUGUUUUAAAGCAAUUUUCAAUUGUGUGACAUAGUUCAGUUAUAGAAGAAGAAAAACAUCUUUCCUGUAUAUUUCAUAACAUUCUGCAAAAAAGAAUGGAGUUGAGAAUUUGCAACAGAAAACCACAACCCGUUACAGUUAGACUUCAGAGAUAGACCAGGCUUUAAUAGUGGUUGGAGAGUGCAGGGAGGAAAGAGUGCAUAAAAAGGAGAAAGGCACUCUGUCUCAGGAAGAUUGGAAAGAUGUUUUUACUUUGUUCCUUAAAAUAUCAGGCAUUUGGAUUGCCAUGGAAGUAAUGGAAAUUCCAUGUAGCCAUAUUUGACCUAUAAGAUAAAAACAGUGUUGCUGCGCUUUAGGUUCUAUCAUUAUUACAUAGUGCUAUCAGGUUCUAUCAUUAUUACAUAGUGCUAUCUUGUGGAGGAUAAGGUCUAGAUAGUAACAGCUUUGUUGUUUCUCAAAAGAGCCUUGAAGACCUGACUUUUUCUUCAGAUUUUGGGCUAGGCCGCUAGGAUAACGUAUACUUGCUAUAUUUAUAUAAAUAAAUGAAUGAUAAGUAACUGGCAGACAAGCAGCCUGAUGUGCUAUGCACUAUAAACUUUAUUAAAAAUAACAUCAUUGCUCCCAUUUGUGGGCAUGGGAGUUCUAGUCAAAAUCGCUUAGAAACCUGGUGCAAUACAGUAUGUUCAAAGCACUUUUUAUUUUCCAGUGGGCAGUCUUAUUGAAAGGCAACCAGUUACCAAAAGGGGAUGUUUAUAGAGAUAUCUGUUCUUAUUUAAUCAGUUAAUUCUAGAUUUGUAAACAUCUUCUGAAAAGAUCUUUUAUUCUUUUAAUUGAAUUCUGUAAUAUGUUAAAUCAUUAUUUUUCCAUUUGAUAGUCAGGUGCUUAUUUUGUAAAAAUGCUUAUGAUGACUCAAUACUUUUCACUUUCCUUUUCCUUUUUCUUUAAAAAGUGGUUUUGACUGUGUUUAUAUAGCAUCUACACACUUUUUAGUUUGGCAGAGCGUUUCAUUUUUAAGAUUUAUGUUCUUGCUACAACUUUCAUUUUAUUAGAGCUUGCUUUGUCCCAAACUUUGCUUAAACUCACUGCCCCAUUUAUUCCUCAGCUAUUUCACUGAAACCAUAUUCAACUAUCUUUUAUACUCUUGGAUUGUUUUUACUUUUUUUCCUCUUCCCAUAUCCUUUUAUUGUACAUAAGGACUUAGAAAUCAAUAAAUGAAAAGUACAUUUAAGUGUUCAUACAUUUGUUAAGGAGGCACAUUUCAUUUUGACUGUUCAUAUACAGAAACAAGACCCUUCUAAAGUAAUCUGAAUUGAGUUGGAAGUGUGAUGCUUUGUGGUCUGAAGCAAUGUACAGAGGGCAUUUGCGCAAAAAAGAAAGAAAAGCAAUGACUCUGUGCCUACUACAUUUAAUUUUUAUUUCAUGUAAAACCUUUGAGAAGCAGGAAGGAAAGAGUAAUAGAGAUGGUUGUAUUCUAAGAAAAUCUCUUUAGUAGCUCCCUGAUCACCCUAGAUGUUUCAGUUUUGAAUCCCCCCAUAGUCCAUUGGAGUUGGGUGGCUACUAAAUUCAAAGAAAGGAAAGGGAGAGAGGUGUGAACUUGAAUCAAAUUCUUUUUGUAGUCAUCCAUUUUGUCUCAAAACAAAUUAUAGGCUUCAUUCUAAAUCUCUUUAAAGUAGUGAAAGAGUGCCAUUAUCCCAAAUUCUGUCACUAAAAUUAGAUAGAUUUCAUUCCCUCAGUAGUGUCUAUAGCUGUAUAUUUUUCUGUGAAAAAGCUGUAGCUAUUUUCCAGGAUUUUCCAGGUAGUUAACAGGAAGUAUGGAGAUUUGAUGAACUGGUCUAUUUCCUGAAUUGCCAAAUCAGACCAAAUCCAAAUAUGGUCAGUGCCCAUCACUUAUUCUGAAUAUUUCAAUUUAGUACAUAAAUAUACAACUGUGAGGUCAUUGUAACUAGUCAAAUGGGUGCUGAAAGUAUCAAUCAUCAAAUACUGCAGAGUAAAUGAUAUGUGAGUUGUAGAUCAUAUAUCCAAAAUGCAGUCUUAAUGAAUUAGGGCAAUCGUGAUAAAGGAAUCUUGCUAUUUAUAUUUCUUUUUCAAUAGUAUAAUCUUUCUAUAAAUCAAACUCAAUACUUAGAGAUUCAUAAAGAAAAAUAUUUUUAAUAUGUAAUAGGCGUCCAAAUGACACAUUUACAAUAUUUUAUACAUUUUUAUUGAUAUUUGCAUUGAAAAGUGUGCUAUCAUUAAUUAAGGUACUAUGCAGGUUUUAAAAUUCAAGGGUAUUAGAAAUAACUUUAGAAUUCAUUGAACAAAAACAUAGUAUUUUGGAAACUAUUGUAACAUAUUGAUUUCAUUAAAGCAUUCGUUUAAUCUGCAUUUUAUCUUAUUUAAUUUUAUGCAUUUAUUUGCUAUAGAAAUAGAAAGGUAGAACAGAUGUGUGAUAUAAAGUAUGCAGCAUUCACACUUUAGUCUUAAUAAAGCCAUAUUUGUCUUCCUUACUUCCCAGUGUAUAUACAGGCAAUCCACAAAGAAAGUCUGGAAAAUAGGAAGAUUGACUGCAUUGUCUCCUCUCUGCUGUUUGCUACUAGUGAU